CUCUCCUGUGCUCUGCGUGAAUGAGGGAAAUAUGCUGAAUUAACUUAAUUUUCGAUUUGGUAUUAAUUAUAGAACUGCCAUAAAACCGGAACAAGUUUAUAUAUGCGCUUUUCUGCCAACAGUUCGAUGUAUUUUUGGAGUUUUAUUAACGCAUGUCUUUAUUUUAUGUUGCCGCCUGCGCGCCAAAUUUAGAGCGCGGGGUUUUCCCUGUAGUUUCUCCACAUAUAAUUUUGUUGGAUUGACUGUGUGGAAAUAUCGUUUAUUGUGGUAAAUUAGUGAUGUGGAAACCGAGGCUUUCUGAAGCGUUUGAGGCUUUCAUCAAAUUGUGCCGAAAAAUGGUUCAUUACUCGAAGCUUAACACAAUACGCAUUAGCGACAUCUGUUGGUCAGACUUGUUUUCUCAGCCAUAUCUAACAAAUCAUCGCGGAGCAAAGGAAAAAGCACAUGACCAAAAAAAGCUUCUUAAGUCUGUGACAUACAAGAGUGCAAUCAAUCUGGGAUCAAUACAGUUCUAUCUAAUCUAAAGUAAUUUGUGUCAAUGAGACCCGUGUCAUGUGUAGCCUGGUCAACGGAUUCAACGGAUCAAUAAUAUAUAAUAUACAAGUAUGUGAUCAUAAUUAAUAAUUGACAUGAAUAGUUUUUAAAUAAAUAUUUAGUUUGAGCCGUUUAACACUUAUGUUCUGUUUGGGUCUCUGAGACCCCAGCUUUAAAACAUGAUUAAAUGCAGUAAAGUGACUUGCAUUCAGUUUCUGUCUGGUGUUGAGGUUACAGUUGACUUACUGAAUCCCAAAUAAGUGCACACACAACAUAAAAUGUUGUUUAAAAAGUCGAUGUGAAGUCAUACAAUGAUGAGCAAUGAAGUGAUGGGAUAAUCAUUUCCCUUUCAUGCAUAAGGUGGGGUCGCAAAGUGGCAAUUUUUUCAAACCAGCUGUCCCGACCUUCCGAUACUGCGUGAUGUUCGAAGCUUAAAACGUCAUCAAUCACGUGGUAUUGUCAUUUCGAUACAAGUAUUGGUACAGUGUGUGAUACAAUAGUGCUUUGAAAACUACGUCAGAGCAUCGGAGCCCCGAUAUCAACCGUCCCAUCACUAUGACUAGAUGGAAAUGAAAGAGCAAAGACAAGAACUGAAGUGAAAUUUCAAAGGUGAUGAUGCUGUAGUUUGUUUCAGCCUGUUGACACCAAAAAAAGUUUAAUGUGCAAAUUUACUGAAGAUCUCAGACGUCAUAAUUGAGGUGAAAACAGGGAACUUUUGGCUUUUCAGUUUUUUUCUGUUAAACAUGAUGGCCCUGUACUUUUUAAAUACAGAUUGAAUAAAAACACAGUGAUCACAGUUCACACCUGCAGUGAAGCUCCUCCCACAACAAUUCACCAAUAAAUACUGGGAAUAUUCACAUCAUCCUACAAGAGAAGGACAAACUCCAGGUGUAGCAGCUGAAAUCUGUGUGACUGUUAAAGAUGGACUUUAUUAAAGAGGAGAUUGAAGACAUGAGUGAUCCAGAACCAUCCAGAAUAAAACAGGAAGAUACUGAGAUACAAACAGACCAGGUGGAAGUGAAACAGGAAAGACAAGAACUGAAUGAAGUAGAGGAGGAACAUCGUAACUUUAAAACUCAAAGAACAAAAGCCAAAAAGCUGCACACCUGCACUCAGUGUGGAAAAAGUUUCACACAUAAAGGACACCUUAGCAAACACAUGAGAAUUCACACUGGAGAGAAACCGUACACAUGCACUCAGUGUGGAAAGUGUUUUGCUUCUGGAUCAGGUCUCACUUAUCAUCUGCUCCGUCACUCUGGAGAAAAACCAUUCAAGUGUGAUCAGUGUGGUAAAGAUUUUAAUUCAUCAUCACAUCUAAAACAACACCUGAAAGUUCAUUCAGAUGAGAAGCCUUAUGUGUGUUCUCUCUGUGGAAAGUGUUUUUCAUGGCUGAAUACCUUUAAACUGCACCAAAAAACACAUAAUGAAGUGAGAGAUUAUAUGUGCUUUGACUGUGGGAAGAGCUUUACUACAUCUAGUCAUCUGGAACAGCAUCAAAGAAUUCAUACCGGAGAAAAACCUUACAAGUGCUCAUAUUGUGACAAGAGUUUCACUCAGUCUCCACACCUGAAAUCACAUGAGCGAGUUCAUACUGGAGAGAAGCCGUACCACUGUACUCAGUGUGGGACGAAUUUCAAAGAUGCAACAGGUUUCAAAAAUCAUCUGCUCCGUCACUCUGGAGAAAAGCCAUUUAACUGUGAUCAGUGUGGUAUAAAGUUCAUUUCAUCGUCACAUCUAAAAAGACACCUGAAAAUUCAUUCAGAUGAGGGACCUCAUGUGUGUUCUCUCUGUGGAAAGAGUUUUUCAAGGCUGAACAAUUUUAAACUGCACCAGAAAACACAUAAUGGAGUGAGAGAUCAUGUGUGUUGUGACUGUGGGAAGAGCUUUACUAGAGCUGAAAAUCUGAAUCGGCACCAAAGAAUUCAUACUGGAGAAAAACCUUACAAGUGCUCAUAUUGUGACAAGAGUUUCACUCAGUCGGGAACUCUGAAAUCACAUGAGCGAAUUCAUACUGGAGAGAAGCCGUACUACUGUACUCAGUGUGGAGAGAGUUUCACCCGAUUAAAUAUUCUAUUGACACAUAUUAAAAAGCAUUGUUCACAGUGAGCAAAUGUUUUCAUCAGAUCCAAAACUUUCAAAUAAAUCAUGUGAGAUUCACAUUAAGUAAAUGUGUAGUUAGUUAACUAAUAAACUAGUGUUGCUGUGAAAUGCCACAAGAUUUGUGUUUUAUAUGUUGGAGAACAAGAAAAUUAUUGAAUUAUUCUUUGAUUGAACGCUUACAUGAAGAAAUACCAAAAUUAGGACUGGAAGAAAGAAGAUGUAAGAAAAACAACAACAAUCAGGUAUUUGUCAAUAUAUGAAACAAUUCUCUGAAUUUGAGUUUUUAUACUCAAUAUGGAUUUUUUUUCUUUUGUGUUUAGUUACAUAAAAACCAGUUAUUUGAUAAACAGAUUUAUUUAAAAGUCUACACAUUUCUCUGCAACAUAAGUUGUAUAAGCUCUGUACAAUAACAACAAAUAAAACUACCAUUUUACUGACAA